AUGGCGCUGGCCUCCUGCUCUAUUACCUCAGUCAACGAGGUCGUCCAGGCCGUGCCGACGCGUACGUGGCGCUCCACGGUUUGGGACACGCUGGACAAGCCUCCAGAGGAGCGCCGGUUCCUGUUCAAGCUCGACGCCGUCAUCCUGACAAUGGCGAGCCUCGGCUACUUCAUCAAGAAUCUGGACCAGGUCAACAUCCAGAGCGCCUUUGUGUCGGGGAUGAAGGAGGAUCUCGGCCUGUACGGGAACGAGCUCAACUACAUGGUUACUGCGUGGACUGUGGGCUACGUUCUGGGUGAAAUCCCUAGCAACAUGCUCCUGACACGCAUCAAGCCAUCGAUCUGGAUCCCCACCUGUGAGGUCAUCUGGUCCGUCUUGACCAUCCUGCUGGCCAAGUGCACCAGCGCGACGCAGAUCUACGUGCUGCGCUUCUUCAUCGGGCUGGCCGAGAGCGCCUUCUACCCGGGGAUGCAGUACGUGAUCGGGUCGUGGUACCGCAAGGACGGGCUGGCCAAACGCAGUUGCAUAUUCCACGCCAGCGGCAACAUCGGCUCCAUGUUCUCGGGCUAUCUGAUGGCGGGCGCCUACAACUUUAACGGCCUGACGGGCUUCCACGGGUGGCAGUGGCUCUUCAUCAUCAACACCAUCGUGUCGCUCCCCAUCGCCAUCGCGGGUUACUUCUUCUUCCCGGACGUGCCCGAGGUCACGACAGCGUGGUGGCUGACGGCCGACGAGAUCGCCAUCGCCAAGAGGCGCAUGGCGCUCGAGGGCCGCGCCGAGCGGGCCCCCUACACCAAGGCCAAGUUCCGCAAGAUCUUCUCGUCGUGGCACAUCUACCUGCUUCCGCUGCUCUACAUCCUCUUCAACAACGGCGUCAGCUUCGGCGGCCAGCCUGCCUUCGCGCUCUGGCUCAAGUCCGAGGGCUUCAACAUCGCGGCCAUCAACUCGUUCCCGACCAUCGCGUCCGCCCUGGCUGUCGUCUUCACGCUCCUGUACGCCUGGACCUCAGACUCGCUGUUCCGCGGCGCGCGGUGGCCGGCCAUGGUGUUUGCGGGCUGCUUCGACAUCAUGGUCUUCGCCUCGCUGGCAGUGUGGAACAUCCCCACCGGCUGGAAGUGGUUCUGUUAUUUGUUUGCCAAUAUUUCCAGCGGAAUCUCGGGCCUGACAAUGUCGUGGGCGCACGAGAUCUGCAGCGAAGACAACGAGGAGCGCGCGCUCGUCAUCGCCACCAUGAACGAGAUGGCCUACGUGUUCCAGUCGUGGCUGCCGCUGCUCAUCUGGCAGCAGACGGACCAGCCGCGGUACCAGAAGGGCUUCAUCACCAUGGUAUUUAUCGCCGCCGGCCUCGUAGCCACGGCCCUGACGAUUCGGCACCUGCACCACAAGGAGCGGGCGGCCAAGGUGAGGGCAAGGGCGCAGGAGGCGCAGGGGACGGAUGUGUAG